AUGGCAACUAACAACAACGAAUCUCAGUUUCAUGAUUUCUUACCUCUAAUGGUGGACAAACUGGGAGGAGAUGGUCUGAUUGAUGAAAUGUGCAAAGGGUUUCAGCUGCUGAUGGAUCGUGAUAAAGGGGUGAUCACUUUCGAUAGUUUGAAGAAGAAUUCUACAUUUUUGGGUCUUCAGGAUCUUUCCGAUGCUGAUCUUUGGAGCAUGUUGAAAGAAGGCGAUUUCGAUGGAGAUGGUGCACUCAGUCAGAUGGAGUUUUGUGUUCUCAUGUUUAGAUUAAGCCCUGAUUUGAUGAACCAAUCUGAGUUUUUGUUAGAACAAGCUCUGGAACAGGAGUUUGAUAAUUUCCAAUAUUGAAUUGUAAAUUCUUGAUUAUUUAUAUAAAUUAUUGAACCUGUUGAUUACACGACCAAAAGACAAA